CGAGAGAGAGAUGGGGUGGGAUAAGAAUUCAUGAUAAUUAUCAGUUCGAAUUGCUAUUGAUUUAAACAGCAAUUCAAACAAGUACGUGAAUUGGAAUAGGAUGAUGGUGACCUCCAACGAAGGCAAACUCAAACCUCCAUAAAACAAAGUUGCACUUCAUCUUUUACAAAAGUCAUCUCUGUGUGUGUGUGUGUGUGUGUCUCCUGCAUUGCUCUCUGUGCUCAUGGAAGUUAACAACACUGAUGUACCUGCAAGGCCACUUGACUUUAGUACUACUGCAAACAACCACACCCAGGAACACCAUCACUCACAUACACAAACACACGGCCACCACCAUGGCAUUUUCCCAUCCAUUUUCACUCUCAUAAUCAUCUUAUCCAUCGCCACCAUUGUCGUCAUCUUCACUAUAUUUCUGAUCAUUGUAUUGCUCCGGCGACUCAAAUCCAUCAAAACCAAUGGCGAACACAAAAGCAUCAACAGCACAAGUCGCAGGUUCAAAGCUCAUACCACUGUGAACUUCAAUUCUAGCCCAGAUGUGAAGGGUGGGUGUCUUUAUGGAGCGAGUAUGAGCAGAACACCUCCAUCCAGAUGCAGAGGAGCCCAAGUGUUUACAUACAAGGAGCUUGCAGCGGCCACCGAUGGAUUCAGUGAAGCAAAUAUCGUCGGAAAUGGAGGGUAUGGGAUUGUGUACAGAGGGGUCCUGAGUGAUGGAACCGUGUCAGCAAUUAAGAUGUUGCAUAGGCAAGGAAAGCAAGGGGAGCGUGCUUUCAGGAUUGAGGUGGAUCUUCUAAGCCGCCUCCAGUCUCCUUACCUAGUGGAGCUACUUGGCUACUGUGCUGACCUACACCACAGGCUUCUCAUUUUUGAAUUCAUGCCAAAUGGCACUCUCCAUCACCACCUCCACCCCUCCCACAGCCAACACAGGCCGUUGGAUUGGGGGACCAGAUUGAGAAUAGCCUUUGACUGCGCCAGGGCCCUUGAGUUCCUCCAUGAGUAUUCAAAUCCAACCCCAGUUAUCCACCGUGACUUCAAGUGCACCAAUGUGCUUCUGGAUCAAAAUUUCCGUGCCAAGGUGUCGGAUUUUGGAUUGGCCAAGAUGGGCUCUGACAAGAUUGACGGUCAGAUCUCGACGCGUGUGCUCGGGACCACUGGAUAUCUGGCACCGGAAUAUGCUUCAACGGGUAAGCUUACUACAAAAUCAGAUGUAUAUAGCUAUGGUGUUGUACUUCUAGAGCUGUUAACAGGCCGUGUACCACUUGACUCCAAGCGGCCCUCUGGCGAGCAUGUUCUUGUUUCAUGGGCUCUUCCAAGGCUAACUAACAGAGAAAAAAUAGUGGAAAUGGUUGAUCCUGCUCUACAAGGCCAGUAUUCCAAAAAGGAUCUAAUUCAGAUAGCGGCUAUUGCAGCCAUGUGUGUGCAACCGGAAGCAGAUUAUCGGCCUCUAAUAACUGAUGUUGUGCAAUCACUAAUCCCUCUGGUCAAAAAUCUCAACUCUAUUAGUACUUCAUGUUCCUCUAGAUUUAUAAGUCAAAUAGCAAGUCCCAGGUAUUAAAGACUGUGAAAUCAGUAAAAUAAGCUUUCCACUUCAGUCUAGCUAGGCAGGUUCUUGCAAGAAUAGCUGACAACCAUCAGAUAAUUUCUCUGUGAAAGAUAAAACACCUUCUUUGAGAUGAACCGAGUCAAAGUGCAACAUUCUUAUGUCCAGCUAACCGAAGAAGGUUCAUGCAAUUGCAGCCUUAGUUUCUUCUGAGAGCCGCCGUUGGCGCAUUUUGUAGGAUAUCAGCAUUAGCAGUAGCAAUUGCUUUUAGUUCUCAAAGCCUUAAGCAGAGAGUUUGCAUAGGAUAUUACGAACCCAAUGCAUUAUUCUUGAAGUGCUAUAAUUUUCUGUAGACCAAUUAUGUAAUAUGUUGUUCAGAUCCCCCCAAAACUUCCAAAAAUGUUGUAAAAAAUCAAUAAAGGCAGUUGCUUUUGUCAAGUACCAAAAUUUUUGUUGUCAA